GAUAUUUCAGUUGUUUGAAAGUAGCUAGGCAACUGCAAUCGUUAUGAAAAUCCAUCUGAUAAUUGUCUCAAUUUUAUUUGCAAUUAGCGCUGCAGAAGAUGAAUGCAGAGCCUGUGAUUGGAAAAGUGAUAUUCAUUGCGGAAAGGUUGCUGAUGGCACUUGUGUCUUUUCUGCCCUAAAUCGAUGCCAAGUUGAACGUGUUUCUUGCCUUCGGGACCAAAAAGGAUUGCCACCAUUUACCGAAAUUAGUAAAGGAAAAUGUUCAAAAAGCACACCAAAGUGCACCAAGCCUUGAAAUAAAUUUAAAUAUUUCAUAACAA